AUGGAACGCCUGAGGAAAGCUGGACCAAAUGAGCGUCGAUGUAUCGUCCGUCAAGCAUUGGGCUACUACCGCACUUUGGUUGUAGGAGGGAUAUAUACCCUUGAAAGACCAUCUACUGGCUUCUCAUUGCAAAGUAUUCUCAUCAAAGCUUUAAAAUAUUGUGUUGCAAAGCACCCAAUUCUGUCUGCCUGUAUCGAUGGACAGGAAACAGAAGCUCCAGAGUUCGCUAGACCGUCCAUUCUGGAUCUGAUUAACCACAUCAACAUAUUGGACACACCGGAUCUUCUUGACGAGAAGAGCUUGAUCAAGCUUACCUUGGCUCAAACCAACGAUCACGUAUUCACCUGCUGUGACAAAACUCCUCCAUGGCAGAUCACUGUACUGCCAUUGUCAGCUGCAGAACAAUCGGAGACGACUAGGUACCUCAUACUGUUCGGCUACUACCACUCGCAUGGCGAUGGCAAGUCUGGAUUGGCUUUUCACAAGACUCUUCUUUCCGGACUGAAGCAGGCUCAAAGUGUUGACUGUGUCUACGAUGAUGAUCCCAAGUUUGCCAGUCCGAGCAUGCCUUUGCUACCUACACUCGAGAUGGCGGGACGACUCUCGAUCUCCUGGAGCUACUUGCUAUCACCACUGUUAGGGGCAUACCUACCAGCCUUCGUUGCAACCCCACUCGGCAUCCGUGCAUCAGCCACGCCAGAAGCGGACGACCAAUGGGCAGGCAACAAGACAUUCUUUGAUCCCGAGCGUUACCAGACUUCUCUCGAGGUCGUCUCUAUCGGCCACAGUCACGUUCAAAAGAUUCUUCAGAAAUGUCGAAAACACGAUGUCAAGUUUACUGGUCUGCUUCAUCAAGUCAUAGUGCAAGCCUUGAGCAAAGAGUUGCCUGCUGAAAAGGCAGGUUGCUUUGUUUCUCAGACUGCUGUCGAUCUACGUUCGCAUCUCGAAGGUAUCUCUGAUGAUGACAUGGCGCUGUGUCCAACAGCAUACUAUGAACUGUUCAAGAGAACAUCGGAUGAUGAAACAUCGCGGGAACCAAGCCUAAUAUCUGAUGCUUUCUGGGACGCCGCACGCACCACAACACAAAACCUAGCCCAAACUGCUGGCACCCUCAAUAACCAGCCAGUCGGAUUGCUAGCCUAUCUUCGCAACAUGUAUCCCUGGACAAGAGGCCAAGUCGGCAAACGCAGAGAGUGUUCUUACGAACUCAGCAACAUCAUGUCCUUCAAUCCUGGAUCCUUCGAAUCAGAGAAAAGCUGGAACAUCGAAUCCAUGAUCUUCUCUCAACCAGCUAAUGUAGGUUCUGGCUGUCUGAACUUCAAUGUCGUCUCCAGAUACCAGGGCGACCUUACAAUAGUCAUAUCGUGGCAAGUGGGCGCUUUAAAUGUUCAGGACGAGCAGGUCUUUGCAGAGAGAGUGGGACAACGCAUGACCACCUCUCUAGAGUCAUUCGAUAGAAUUUAG